GUCGGAGAGAAACUGGAUACUGGGAGAGCCGGAAGCUGUUUCUCCAUCAACGCUUUGAGGUGAGAACUGAAACAUCCAACAGGAGUACUCUCUCUGAACAGAACAUCAGAACAGCACUCACACUCUGGUCGGAGCUCCUCUGUGGGAGACGUGUGUGUUGCACUAAAGAUGUGGAAGGCAGCAGCUGGACAGUCAGUCAACAUGGCUGUAAAUGACGAUGGGGACGACUGGGAGACCGACCCCGACUUUGAGAAUGACGUAUCGGAGAAGGAGCAGCGCUGGGGGGCCAAGACGGUGGAGGGCUCAGGACAUCAGGAGCACAUAGAUAUCCACCGGCUGCGUCAGACGGUGUCCACGGAGCACACCAGCUUGAAGCAGAAGGAGUUGAACACCAUGCCUAAAGCCUCGCAUGGAUAUGGAGGAAAGUUUGGAUUACAGCAGGACCGCAUGGACAAGUCUGCUGUGGGUCAUGACUACCAGAGCAAUUUGUCCAAGCACUGCUCCCAGACGGAUACCUCCAAGGGCUUUGGAGGGAAGUUUGGAGUGCAAGCUGACCGCGUUGACCAGUCAGCUGUUGGGUUCGAGUACGCCGGGAAGACAGAGAAACACGCUUCACAGAAAGACUACUCCACUGGGUUUGGGGGGCGAUACGGCGUGCAGGCAGAUCGUGUCGACCAGAGCGCAGUGGGCUUCGAUUACCAGGGCAAAACCGAGAAACACGAUUCCCAGAAAGAUUAUGCCAAGGGCUUUGGCGGCAAGUUUGGUGUUGAUACCGACAACGUGGACAAGUGCGCUGUGGGCUUUGAGUACCAGGGCAAAACCGAGAAGCAUGAGUCACAGAAAGACUACGUGAAGGGCUUUGGGGGCAAGUUUGGUGUGCAGACGGACAGACAGGAUAAAUCAGCGCUGGGAUGGGACCACCAGGAGAAACUACAGCUUCACGAGUCCCAGAAAGACUAUAAGCGUGGGUUUGGAGGGCAGUAUGGGGUAGAGAAGGAGAAGCAGGACCAGUGUGCCCUGGGCUAUGAGCACAAGGAGAGCCUGGCUAAGCACGAGUCCCAGAAAGAUUAUUCUAAAGGAUUCGGAGGGAAAUUUGGGGUUCAGAAUGACAGGAUGGAUAAGAGCGCAGGGACUUUUGAUGAGAUGAAGCCAACCCCAGCUUACCAGAAAACCAAACCUGUGGAGGCUGCCGGCAACAGCACAGGAAGCAUCAAGGCUCGCUUUGAGAACAUCGCCAAACAGAAGGAGGAGGAGGACAGGAAGAGGGCCGAGGAGGAGCGAGUGCGUCGUCAGACUAGGGACAAGCAGGAGCAAGAGGAUGCGCGCCGUAAAUUCGAAGAGACGGCCAGGGCCCCUUCUCCCGUCCCCGCUGCGAGUCCCAGUCCCAGUCCCAGUCCCACUCCCAGCCCAACUCCACCAGUCCAGACAGUUGCUGCCCCAGCCCCAGCAUACCAGAAGACAGAGGAAGUGUCCCACGAUACUGCUGAGGAGAACAGAGAGCAGCUGUACGAGGCGGAGCCACAGAACCAGAACCAGGAGGCACCGCAGGAAGACCUCUACCGGACCCCCGAGGACACGGCAGCAGCAGGAGACGAGUACGGCGAGGACCUCGGGGUGACAGCGGUGGCCCUGUACGACUACCAAGCAGCUGGUGAAGAUGAGAUAUCCUUUGACCCCGAUGACAUCAUCACCAACAUCGAGAUGAUCGACGAAGGCUGGUGGCGAGGCGUGUGCGGUGGCGCCUACGGCCUUUUCCCAGCCAACUACGUGGAGGUUCGGCAAUGAGGACGCCCCAGCAAGAUGACCCGUGACCCCGUCCUUGUGCAAAGAAACAAAGAGGAAGGAGACAAUUUCAAAUCUCUUUUUUCACAAUUUGGUCUCUUCACCUCAUCUUCGUUCUUCGACACUGUGCGAGACGUCUUCAGGUCUCCUAACUGGCUUUUUCUCUUUUUCCAUCCUUCCUCCACCUAUUCCACUUUCAGAUCACAUUGUUCUUCUCUGUGCAACAGACGACAGAGAGGAUGAGUUAUAGAACUCUUUAUCUGGGCUUGCUCUGCACCUCUGCUAUGUAAUAGUUAAAGUUACAAAAUGCAACUUAGAUGUUCAGGGCCUAAAAAUUCGCUUCAUGCCUCACAGACAGAAGUUGCAUUUUGAAGCCCCCCCUUCCAUAGAUACCGUAUUAGAGUUCAGCUUCAGGUAUAUUUGCAUCUUCACAUGUUAGAGAGAAAUUUUAGUCUCACCAAAGACCAGAGUAAUAACAGCAAUUAUCUUGAAAUGUCUGGAAUGAGUCUUGUGCACGGGGCUCAGAGCACUCGCUCACUGUUUGGUAGCUCAACCUUAAAUGUGAGCAGGAGCAGUUUGAAGUGGAAAACAAGCCUCCACACUGGAUUAUAAUGUAUAUUGUUGGCUAUAAACUCUCCAGAACAUCGACUAUGGACCAAAAAGCUGAUAAACCCCCUUUGCUUCUUGGUCUGUCUGCAUAAAGUUUGCUAUGUUGCACAGGAGUUUAAAUUCCCCUCCCAAUUGAAGCUGCACAGAUCAUCGAUGGGGAAACUAAGCUUCGGUUAGAGCUUCAUCUAGUACGAAUACAUCCAACUUUUCUCUGAACACUUGCAUCAGUCCUGGUGUUGAUCAUACAUGAUCAAUAAUAAGGUUUCUUCCUUUGCUGAUUAAAUUGUUCGUAUAAUAACAGGGCCAUAAUGUCAAAGACUUCAUUUACGCUGUGGCAAAUCACAAUCUAAACGUCGAUACUACAGCUUAUAGUAUUAUUUUAAUCAUCUUCAUACAUUAUACUGGUUAAUUGUUGAUAUCAUGCUUAAGAUCAUGUACAGAGAGAUCAUGAUUUAUGACGCUUUCAGAAAUAAUAGUUUUGAAAACAUUUUUGUUCCCUGUCACUGUGGUUUUCUUUGGAUGUGGACAAGACUUGUGUAUUGUGAACGCUUGGGUUUUUGUGUCAUAGUAUGUUGAUAUUAUGCACAUGUGAGGCAUGAUGACGACUGCUCUGGAGCGCCGCUAACAUCCCUCAUCAUGACCAAACAGUGUGCGUUGACCUCAAGAGUGAGUAUGUGCGAUUUAUCGGCAGUAAAGAGUAGAAAUGUAUAUCCGGCUGAUGUUAAGGGAAGAGGCUUUGGUGUAUUCUCCAAACACUAAUUAUUUCUAACAGACGGCAAGUUUGACAAACUGCUAGUCUGUGUUUCGCAGUAGUGUAGCUUAAACAGGUAUGUGUGCGCGAGUGUGAGGGAUGUCAUUAAAUUCAUCCUAAGGGGUUUUAUAAUAAAUAAAAAAAAGUGACCUUUUCAAAUGCAUUAUUUUUAUCUGUACCUCUGUUUGCUUGAGUCACAUCAUUACCUGCUUGUUCUUUUUUUUUAGUUUCAAUAAAUAAACUAUGAAUUAUAAGCUUG